AUGAACGAUAUCCCAAUAUUGCAAGUUUUCCACGAUUUUUUUCUUCUUUUCAACUCCUCUCACAUAACUUUUUCCCCACCUUUUGAUUUUGAUUUUUUUUCAUUCACUCUUCUAUUUUUUUCCUUUUCUUUCUUUGUUUUUUUCCGUUUCGUUUUCUUUUUCUUUAUCUAUUUUAUUUCGUUUUUUUCUUCUUCUUCGCCUCCUCUUUGUUUUCUUCUUCUUCGCCUUCGCCUUCUUCUUCUUCUUCUUCUUCCUUCUUCUUCUUCUUCGCCUCCUCUUUGUUUUCUUCUUCUUCUUCGCCUCCUCUUUGUUUUCUUCUUCUUCUUCGCCUCCUCUUUGUUUUCUUCUUCUUCUUCGCCUCCUCUUUGUUUUCUUCUUCUUCUUCGCCUCCUCUUUGUUUUUUCUUUUCUUCGCUUCUUUGUUUUCUUCUUCUUCUUCUUCUUCUUCUUCGCCUUCUUCUUCUUCGCCUCCUCUCCUCCUCUUUGUUUUUUUCUUCUUCGCCUUCUCUUCGUUUUCCUCGACUCUUCUUCGCUUUCGCCUCUUCUUUUUCUUCGCCUCUUCUUUUUCUUCGCCUCUUCUUUUUCUUCGCCUCUUCUUUUUCUUCGCCUCUUCUUCUUCUUCUUCUUCUUCGCCGUCUUCGCUUUCUCCUCUUCUUUUUCUUCGCUUUCUCUUCUUCUUUUUCUUCGCUUUCUCUUCUUCUUUUUCUUCGCUUUCUCUUCUUCUUCUUCUUCGCUUUCUCUUCUUCUUCUUCUUCCCCUUCGCUUUCGUUUCUUUUUCGUCUUUGCUUUCGCCACUUCUUCUUCGCCUUCUCGUUUCCUUUGCCUUGUUCUUCUCGUUUCCUUUGCCUUGUUCUUCUUGUUUCCUUUGCCUUGUUCUUCUUGUUUCCUUCUCCUUCGCCUUCUUUUUCUCCUUCGCCUUCUUUUUCUCCUUCGCCUUCUUCUUCUCGUUUCCUUCUUCUUCGCCUCUUCUAUUACUCCAUACAGGAUUUAG